AUGAAGACGAAGCAUUCUCCGGGGGAAAAUGAUCCGAUCCUCAGCUUCUGCAAGGCAACGAAUGAGUCUCGUGAAUUAGCAUUCUUCUUCCUCGAAGGUUUCAGCUGGGAUCUCGAUAACGCCGUCUCUGGUUUUCUCCAAGGUCGCCUUCCUCCGAUCAAAGAGCCGCAGUUGCAGCGAUCUCCGUCGAGAUACACUACUACUUCUGCCUUGAAAUCAAGUUCUAAGAUGGACGAUGCAGAUGAAGUGUCCAAAACUUUGGAUGAUAGAAGAGAGCCUAUUAGACUCCCCAUGGCGUUUAGAGCUGAUCCUGUGAAGUGCGAGCCUGAAGAAGAGGGAUCAGCCCCUAGCUGCAAAGAUGUGUGA